AUGGGCGGGGCCGGGAAUGCUGCCGUUGUGGCGGUAGGGCGCACGUUUUUCCGGGUAGCCAUCGUGGGCUACACGCUGUCCGGGUUGGCCAUGUUCCCGUCGGUGAUCCUGGGGGUCAGCAAGGGUUACUUCGAGUGGGAGAUGGACCGGUGCACAUGCGUUGUGGAGCAGGAGGCGGCGGCAACGACCGGCCAACCGAUCGUCUCUUCCAGCUCCCUGUCCGGCACCGGCACGACGGCGGGCGCGUCGUCCUCGUGCGUCUUCGGGCAGGACUUCGCCAAGGUCAGCAUCGGCUGGAAGGAGUUCACCUACGACAAGCUGGUGCACACGGUGGGGUGCCCGAUCGCCACGGCCUUCUACGAAGCGAACCCCGCUCUCGACGACGACGAUCUCAAUCUCGACAACGAGAGGUCGCUCUACUUCUUCGAUGAGGUCUACCCCCUGGAUGGCGAGUUCCAGAAGACGGACAACCCCACCCAGGCGGACGAGUCCAACGGCGGGUCCGAGGCGGGCGGCGGGGUGGUGGCCAUGCAGGUGGUGCUGACGUUCUUCUCCAUCCUCACGUACAAGAUGCUCAAGGCUUCGUAUCUGAGCAACGGUUCUCACUGCAGCAUCGGCCUGGCCCUGAUGACCCGGCUCAACCUUCUGGUGGGCGUGGGCACCGCGGCGGCGAUCGUAAGCUUUUGGUGGCUCAUCGAGGGACGGUUCGGGGACGAGCAGAAGGCGCUCACCACUGCACUCGAGAACAUCUUGUUUGAUGAAUGCUGGGGCGAGACUGCGGACGAUGACGCGGCAGGUCUUCAAACGUUCUGCCCCGUUAGGCCGUGGACUUUCACAGGGCCCGGCCUCCCGAUGAUGUUGGGUAUUUUCCAGGUUGGGCUUUUCCUGUUGAUGACGUUGUACAUGGUCUGGAAGGCCCCCACCGUGGAAGGCGUGCUGGACGGAUCCAUGGACCCUACUGGCGUUGUGCUUAAGCCGAGAGUUGUGGAGGUGGAGAUGGUGGUUGGUAAGGCUCUUGCUACCGACGGCGACCCGGAUUACGAUUCGGAGAACCCCCUCUACAACGGCGCCGCCACCAUGAUCCGACCGUACCCGCUCCCCAAGUCCGCGAAGGCCGCGAAGGCCGCGGCCGUAAUGGAGGAGGACGAGGCCACCCUUGCCGCGGCUGCUGCGGCGGCGGCAGCGGCGGGCAGCGACACCGCCUCGAGCGACUACGAGGCCAAGGACGACCCGGAGAUGCAGGACGACCUGAGCGUCAUGCAGUCGGAGUACGCGGGCCCGGCCGACCUGGAGAUGAUCGUGGAGGAGAGCGAGGAGGACCGAACGUCUUCACGGUACGAGUCGGAGACGCGCUACUCGCACGCGCCGUCGUACUCCGACACGUACUCGGACUACGGUGACCGCCCUGCGAGGCAACAGCACGCCUCGAGAGGCAGCCACGCGGCCCCCAUCCGAUAAUGAGAUCAUGCGUGUGGGGGUGCGUGCUUGCCAGGGGGCAUGGGGGGGGGGGGGUCGAUCGAUGAUGCCCAGGCAAGGCGUGUACUUUUUGUCUCCUUUGAUGUGUGUUCGUUCGUGGUAACCUACCUUUUUACACAGCACCGUAGCUGGCGCGCGCGAGGCUUUUUUUCUUGCCUCGUCCUUUUUUUUUUCUUCUUGUGACGUUUUUUUCCGUUGUUGGAUUCAAAACUUAGGUAAUGGAGU